AUGCCCACUUGCUGUUGUGUGCCUGGUUGUUCCACCAGGGGAGGAUUAAGCUUUCCAAAGGAAGAAAGGAUAAGAAAGCUUUGGAUUCGAGCCAUUCGACGAAACGAUGAGGAUAUUACAUAUAAACAUUGGACGCCACAGCCAUUCAGUGUUGUGUGUCACAAACACUUUCGUGAGGAAGACUUCACCUCCGAAACACAGCACGGCACUGAACCACUAAGAGGGCAGAGAAAACCUGAUGCAGUCCCUUCCAUCUUCCCUUGGACCAAGUCAAAGUGGAGUUAUGGUGUUGAUGAGAGGAGCAAGAGAGUACUUGCCCGUCGUGCCAAAUUGGAGAAAGAUGACCGAGAAAAUUCGGAAAUGGAGACAGAAAUGGUUUCAGAUGUUUGCAAUGUGUAUGCAGUGGGCAACAGUGUAGAAGUUGAGGAUGAAAAGUCUUGCUUCAGUGAUAAUGAUAUUGAGAUAAGUGCCCCUGUUGCACCUGUUUUUGUAGAUUCAUCAUGUCAAACAGCAAAAUCGCCAAUCAUGUGUAUUGAAAAUUUCAUGUAUGAUGAUGAAGGCAUCAUGUUUUAUACAGGGUUGAGUUCCUACACAGACUUUUUACAUGUACUGUAUAGUCUUGGUGAAGCAGCCUUUCAUCUCAAUUAUAUUUAUAAUCAGGUUCAAAAUAUGUCCAUUGAAAAUCAGCUCUUUUUGACACUGAUUAAGUUGAGGCAACAUAAGCCCAAUUUUGAAUUAAGUAGACUAUUUUCAAUAUCACAAACAACUGUUGAAAAUAUUUGGAUUACCUGGGUCAAUUUCAUGUCAAGACAGUGGAGGGAACUGAAUUUCUGGCCAGACAAAGACCUGGUCUCCUUUUUCUCCCCCUCUGAUUUUUACAGUAAAUUCCCCUCCACACGAGUUCUGCUUGAUGGAACUGAGAUUCCUGUAAAGAAACCUAAACCACCCAUUGCACAACAAGCAACCUUCUCUACAUAUAAAAAUAGAAACACUGUCAAAGUACUUGUAGGCUCAACUCCAGGGGGUUUAAUUUCAUAUGUGUCUUCUGCUUAUGGAGGGUCUGCAAGUGAUAGACAGCUUGUUGAACGGAGUCCUUUGGUAAGUACUGACUUAUUUGAACCUGGCGAUUCUCUUAUGGCAGACAAAGGAUUCAAUGUCCAAGAUUUGUUUGCUCCUAAAGAUGUAAGUGUAAAUAUUCCUUCAUUUUUUAAGAAACAAAACAGAAUGUCAGGAAAGACAGUUUUACGUGAUCGCAGAAGAGUUCAUAUUGAACGGUUGAUAGGGUUAGGAAAGACAUACAAAAUUCUUAAAACACCCUUAAAUACAACCGAGACAAAAUUAGCCAGUGAAAUUUUAUUUGUAUGUUUCACACUCUGUAAUUUCAAAAAAUGUAUUGUUCCCAAACAUGCAUGAUUUUGUCUUCAAUGAAAAUGAAUGAACUGAAGUUGG